AUGGGUGACGGAGGCUUUUUCAAGGGAACGAGUCUCGAACAAGACAGUCGAUUCGCUAAUAAACAAAAGAAGCUUUUGAAAAGCAUGUCAUUUCCAUCUGACUUUAAUAAAAAGGUGGAUAUGACAAAAGUAAAUAUGCAAGUAUUUCGACCGUGGAUUGCGCAAAAAGUCGUAGAUCUACUAGGCACGGAGGAUGAAGUCGUAAUAAACUAUGUAUAUGGACUUUUGGAAGAACAGGAUCCUGAUCCAAGGUUAAUGCAAAUUAAUCUGACAGGAUUUCUUGAGAAGAAUGCAGCUGCGUUUGUAACAGAAUUAUGGAAGUUAUUGCUCUCGGCGCAAGAUGGAGUUGGAGGAAUUCCGACCGUCUUUUUACAGCAAAAAAUGGAUGAAAUUAGGAAAAAAAAGACAUUCGAGACAGAGAGCGUCGAGAGGAGAAAGAUAGGCGGGAACGCGACCACAAAUCCACACGUCAUAGAAGUAGAAGUAGGGAUGACGAUCGUCAUCGUCGGUCAUCUCGACGUAGUCCAAGUAAUGAAGACCGACAUCGACGACGAUCUAUUCGAAAAUCUAGCAGAAGUCGAGAAGGACGCUAGUAGGAGUCGGAGUAGGGAUAGAAAACGGCAUGAGGACAGGAGACACGGGCGAAGAAGUAGUCAUGUUCGAAGUGACAGGAGUCUAGAACGUUCUCGUGAGAGUUUCCAUAAGAGGCGUCAAUCUCGAGAUGAUGUCGUCAAGUCAGAUUAUAUACCAUCAUCUGGCUCCAGUCCUCUAGAACAACCUAUGGAGAUCGAGGAGAACCGACAACUCACGAACAAAAAACCUGUCGAAACACCCGAGGAUGUCUCGCCACAUGGCUCGCCGCCUAGAAGGAGAAUAGAGGCUCCAAUAUUCAAGUCAAAAUGGAAUGACGACGAGGAUGAUGGUGAGGACGAAAAGAAAUCUCAGCAAGAGAUAGAACAACGGUUACGUGCACGAGUAUUACAGUCAAUGAAGAAGUGA